AUGUCUACCACGACCGCAAUUGAACUCCGCGAAACGUCGGCCGCGAGUUCCGUCAGGGGUCCCUACACCUCCGGAUCCAGGGCCGAGGAGUCCACCGAUGAGAUUUUGCAGGCUUCCCGACUUGCCGACUCGACGGUUCCCGAUGGCGGCUACGGCUGGGUGGUCGUCGGUGGCGGUGCUGUCCUCCUCUGGUGGGCGGUCGGAACGACGUAUGCCUGGGGCGUCAUGCAGACGGCGCUGGUUGAGGACGGACUGUCGACCCCCGCCACGCUUUCUUUCAUCGGAUCGCUCGAUGCGGCGUUGAUGUCGGCUCUGGCUAUUGUGAACUCGAGGUUGAUGCGUGCCCUCGGUAUGCGAUGGACUGCCGUUUUGGGAAUCUCGGUCAUGGGUGGGAGUGAAAUUCUGAGCUCGUUUGCUGUGAAGAACAUCGGCGCGCUGUUCUUCACUUCUGGAGUUAUGAUGGGAACUGGUGUUGUCUUUGCGGUGAUUGCUCAAUGGUUCAGCACGAAACGUGGACUUGCCAAUGGCCUCAUGUUUGCCGGUGCGGGCUUCGGAGGAGCGACUAUCAGCUUUGCCCUUGAUGCUCUGAUCCAAAGACUUAACAUCGCGUGGGGAUACCGCAUCCUCGGACUUCUUACACUGGCCACGGGGCUGCCGGCAGCCUGGGUGAUCAAGGAGCGAGUUCCGACGCACACGCCAGGAUUUAUUGAGUGGCGCCUCUUCAAGUCCUUCACCUUUGUUCUGGUUUUCCUAGCCAGUGCUUUGGGAACUUUCCCCCUCUUCGUCCCGCCAUUCUUCCUUCCCAUGUACACCAAGUCACUUGGGUUUUCGUCGACAACAGGAGCGGCUCUAGUUGCGGGGUUCAACUUGGCCUCGGCCUUUGGUCGAAUUGGCUGUGGCUUUGCCUGUGACAAGUUUGGGUCCUUGAACACGCUGUUCAUCUCUUUGAUGUUGACGGCCAUCAGCAUGCUUGUCAUCUGGCCUUCGUCAACGACUCUAGGACCGAUGAUAUUUUUUGUAUUGAUCAAUGGCAUGUCGAACGGCGGAUUCUUCUCAACAAUGCCGACAGUCGUGAGCAACGUCUUUGGCAGUGCGAGAGUUGCCAUUGCGAUGAGCAUGAUUCUCACCGGCUGGACCGGCGGUUACCUGAUGGGUGCUCCUAUUGCAGGAUACCUGCUCGAGGCGUACGGAGGAGCGGAUGCUGGUCUGAAGGCAUACCGGCCAGCCAUGUUCUACGCAGGUUCCUUGGCUUUGGCGUCUGGCGGCAUGGUCGCGACGGUGCGAUUGCGCAAAAACAGGUCUCCAUGGGCCAAGCUUUGA